AACUGUGUUGUUCUCGUGAUCCUUCCCCUGACUUCCGUGGAAUCUCUCGGCGGGUUCAGUGAGUUACUCGGUUAAUCCUUUCGCACUCGAAGAUUUAACUGCGUCUUUGAAGAGAAAGUUGGUUGAAGACGCAGGAGGGGAGAGGGUUAUAUUCCUCCUCCUCUUUCUGUGUCCAGCAGCUCAAGAAGAUUUGAAGCCUGCCAAGGAAUUUCCAUUCAGUCUCGACCCUUUUCAGUCUGAAGCUAUCAAGUGCCUUGAUAAUGGCACUCAGCAACCAAAAGUAUAGGGAAUUUAAAGAAGAAUUCUCUGAUGUUGGUUUGAUGACUGGGGAUGUAACAAUUGAUCCUAAUGCUUCUUGCUUGGUCAUGACCACUGAAAUCUAGCGUAGUAUGCUGUACAAAGGUUCAGAGAUUAUGCGGGAAGUGGCUUGGCAAAUAUGAACAAGAAUCCUGAGGAUUCAGAGAUGCAGGUAAUCAAGUUUUGAUGUUAAAGCUUCUGGUGACAGGUGGGUGUUCUGGAUUUUCAAGUCCCGAGCUUCUUCUCCAACUCCUCCAGCAUUUCAGCCACUGUCCCAACCAGAUCAAACAGAUUCAUUCCCUUCUUAUCACCCACGGCUUUUUCCUCAACCACACUUCUUCAUGGAAGACUGUUCUCAUUUACAACACUCUCAUUCGAUCUUAUCUCUCCAUGGGACUCUCUCGUACUUCUUUACUACUUUUCACCCACAUGAUUGCACAUGGACUUUCACCAAACCAUCUCACUUUCCCAUCCCUAAUCAAGGCUGCUUCUUGUUCUCCCUCAUCUGGCCCAAUUGUCCAUGCUCAGGCUCUCAAAUGGGGUGUUUUACGCGACCCAUUUGUGCAAACUUCAUUCGUGAGAUUGUAUUCUGAAGUGAGUAACAUACGCAGUGCACGUAAGAUGUUUGUGGAGAUUCCCCAUCCAUGUAUUGUGGCAUGUAAUGCUUUACUUGACGCUUUUGGGAGGAAUGGAGACAUGGGUUCUGCUUUUCUGUAUUUCGAGAGUAUGCCCCAGAAGGAUGUGGUUUCAUGGACGAGUGUUAUUAAUGGGUUCGUGAUGAAUGGACGCUUUGUUGAUGCAUUGCGACUUUUUGCAAAGAUGAUGGUUCACGAGGAUGUGGUCAGUGGUUCCGUAAAGCCUAAUGAGGCUACAUUUGUCACUGUGCUGUCUUCUUGUGCUAAUUUAGAUGGAACUGGUCUUUAUCAAGGGAAGCAGAUACAUGGAUAUUUUAUUAAGAAUGAGUUCAGUUUGAGUGCUGUCAUGGGGACUGCGUUGGUAGAUUUGUAUGGAAAGGCAGGUUGUUUGGAGACUGCAAUAAGAGUAUUCAAUCGGAUAGAGGUUAAAGAGGUUUUCACUUGGAAUGCAAUGAUUUCUUCGCUUGCCUGUCAUGGCAGGGCGAAGCAAGCUCUAUGUAUGUUUGAGAAGAUGAAAGCGCAAGGAUUUUCCCCCAAUGAGGUUACCUUUGUUGCUAUUCUUACUGCUUGUGCUCGAGCUAAACUUGUUGACUUGGGUUUGAAGUUGUUUCGGUCAAUGUCACGUCGAUAUGGGGUUGUACCAAUAAUGGAGCAUUAUGGUUGUGUUGUUGAUCUCAUGGGCAGAGCAGGACUUCUGAGAGACGCAGUUGAGUUUGUAAUUAGCAUGCCCUUCCUGCCUGAUGCCUCUGUUUUGGGAGCUCUUUUUGGUGCUUGUAAGAUUCAUGGGGACGUUCAGUUGGGAAAUGAAGUAGGAAAGAAGCUCCUUGAAUUACAGCCAAAACAUUGUGGCCGAUAUGUGGUGUUGUCAAAUAUAAAUGCUGUUGGGGAAAGGUGGGGAGAUGCCGCUGAUUGGAGGAAAGUGAUGGCAGAGUCUAAAAUCAGAAAAAUUCCAGCAUGUAGUUUGAUUGGCUCCAUCAAAGUUGAUUCACUAAGCGGAUAAUUUGUCUAUUAAUCAGAUGGCAAAGAUGGAUCUAAAUGAUGAUGAGGAGAAAGAGAACAUAGAAACAAUCUUCACGAGUGCCAUGUACAUACUUUCAGAUGAUGACAAGAAACUUCUACAGGUAUCAAACAUGUUGCCCCUCCUGAAACGUGGAAUAGGCGUGCAUCACUCUGGAUUGCUUUCCAUUCUGAAGGAGAUAUGAAGAUCCAGAGCAGCUCGUAUAGAAAGGCUGUCAGGAGGUUGGAGGCUUUAGAGAGCCUAUUUGAGAAGCAUGCAAUUGCCAAGUCUCCACUCAUUGAACAAAAGCUCAAAGUUUUACACAUGAAAGAAGAGUUGACAGCCAAGAUAAAAUCAAUUAAGAAGACUGUAUGUUCUUCCACGACAUUGGCUUUUAAAGGUGAAAAAAGGCCAGAAAACAUGUUUUACGAAGGCUAGGAUACAUCACCAGUGACAAUGUUUUGUGUGGCAAGAAAAGCUUCAAGACACUGCAAAACCCAGGGAAGAGCUUGACUUGCUUUUUACCCAAUUACAAGAUACAGCGAGUCAGAUUGCCAAAGUUCAGCUUGAAUGCAAGAUCCAAAUUGAUGUGGAGGGUUUUGUAAGUUCAUUUCGGCCAGAUAUCAUGGAGGCUGUGUAUGCUUGGGCAAAAGGAUCCAAGUUCUACCAGAUCAUGGAAAUGACACCAGUUUUUGAGGGCAGCUUGAUCAGAGCAAUUAGGAGACUAGGGGAAGUUCUUCAGCAGAUUAUUCUAGCGGCAAAAUCCAUUGGAGAAACAGAGCUCGAGGCGAAAUUUGAAGAGGCAGUGUCCAAAAUCAAGAGAGACAUUAUGUUUGCAGCGUCUCUCUACUUGUAGUUUCAGUUCAUUCCAUCAUGCCACUAACAAAUAUGAUCCUCGUCUGCAUUUCAAAUGGGUAUUUCUGUAUUAUUUCCGCAUAGAAGAUGGUCGGGUCAAAGACUUCAAAAAUCUGAAACAAUUGACUGCAAGAAUAUUGCACAAUGGUAGACGAUUUUCAUAAUGAUAUUGCAACCAUGUAAAAUCAAGAGGCGAGGAUAUUUCUCCAUGACACAGUUGCAAAUUAAUCCUCGUGGAAAAUUAGCGGAGAAAGGAAGAUAGAAGGAUCGAAUUGACAUAUAAGAAUUUUCAAAGAGAGUAAUUUAUGAUUAUUGUCCAUAAAUUGAAGAGUGUAAUUUGCGAUUGUCAAUGAGUUGAACCUUUACCGUUAGUGUAUAGAUUUUAUAGCUUAAAAUAUUAAUUUUGUUCUCGA